UAUGUUUACGGAGGACGGAAACUGUGUGUUGCGUAGAAUAAACCGCGGAGUCUAACGUCCAGACAUGGUAUGAUUAAAAGGACACAUCAUCAUUUAGUAGUGUUAUGUACAAGAUUCGAUAAUCGCGCCAAAAAAACUGAAUUUGUGGCUUGUCAAAUGAAUGUUCUUCCCGUGCUUGAAACUAGGAAAGUAUUGUUAAAUCAUCUUGCAGCGAAAGUAUGGCCUUUAUGUCAUUCUAAAUCAUUAGGUAGAGAAAUUGCAUCUCGUAUAGCUUUCAGCUUAACAGAUAACGAAAUUUUGCACCUUCUCGAAAAUGAAAGACAGCUUGAAGAAGCCGUUGGAAGGUCACUGACAUCCGUCUGUCCAGAAGACAAGAAACACGUACUCGGAGAAAAACUGUUUGCUGCUGUUGCAAGUGUAGAAACAGAACUAUGUGCACAAGUCACAGGGAUGCUUCUAGAGCUAGAUUUCAAAACCGUAGAGUUUCUCCUUAAUGAGCCAGAUGCCUUGACAGCAGCUGUAAAAAAAGCAAGGAAUGAAUAUUUGCUGUACACUCAGAGCACAGGACCAGUUAAUGAUGAUAAUAAAAGUGAUGAAAUAGGAGAAGCCUUAUAUGAUCUGGUAAUCAAGGACUAUCCAGAUGAAGAGCUGGCAGCACGUUUAACAGGGAUGAUACUUGAGCUUGAUGUUAAAUAUGUGAGACAACUUGUUAGAAAUCCUGAUGAUUUAAGAGAGAAGCUCUUGGUGGCACAUAAAGCUUUGGAAAAUGCAGAAGAAAGUAUAACUGCUUAGGGUGCACAAUGGCAUCACCAGAACAUCAGGAACUCGCUCUUUUUGUUAAAUCAAUACAUCAUUCUCUCAGAAGGCAAUGCAAAAAAUUAGGUCAUGAACAAGCAUGGAAGUACCACUGUAACCAGAAGAAUAUUUUAAAAAAAUAUGCAUCAGCUAUGCAUACACUAGCUACCAAAUUUUGGGAGCAGUCAAAUGACCCACUUGUGAAUGGUUCCAGCAACAGGAUCCAAUGGGUUGUUAAGAUGUGCAUGAACUAUUUUCUGAAUGGUGGCAGGGUGGAAGAAUUUAUCAAAGAGGUUAAAAAACAAAGUUAUUGUACAGAAAAUACAUCAAAAUCAUCAUUAAUAUGCAAAAACUCCGUUUUCAAUGUUUCACCUGAAAAAAGCAUGGAGAAACUGAAGUUAUUGGAUGUAGGAAGCUGCUAUAACCCAUUUAGUCAGUUCUCAGUGUUUCAAGUUGUCCCUAUUGAUCUGGCACCAGCCACCCCUGAUGUAUGGCAAUGUGACUUCUUGAAUGCCAAGAUUUCUGAUUACAGUCACAAAUCUCUAACAGUUCAACAAAUCUUAACUCAAGGAGAAAUACCAGCAAAUUUUUUUGAUGUUGUCGUUUUCUCGUUAUUCUUAGAAUACAUACCUUGUCCACAGGAGAGAUAUAAAUGUUCUCAGAAAGCAUACACAGCACUUCGACCUGAAGGCCUGCUCUUUAUUAUUACGCCAGAUUCAAGGCAUGCAACAGCAAAUGCACCUAUAAUGAAACAUUGGAGAAUUGUUUUGGGCAAAAUGGGGUUUCAUAGAAUAUAUUAUGAAAAACUGACCCAUUUGCACUGUAUGGCCUAUAGAAAAAGCAUUGAUCACAAUAUUCCACUGAAGUGGGCUCAGAAAGUUGCAGUGAAACUGCCAGAUUCUCUUCCUGUUGAAGAUAAUGUCUUGUACAUUCCUCAAGACAAUAACUCUUAUGAAUCUGAAGAAAGUGAUAAUUCUGAUGAGACUCUUCCUCAGUUAGAGAGAAAUGACCAGGACAAUGCACUAAUGGCAGAAAUGUUUUCAGAAUUGCCAAGUUAUGAAACUUAGAAUUCUGAAAUUUUAAUAGUGACUGUAGAUGGAAGAAUAAAGAAUUAAGAGCUUGAAUAUUUUUGUCUCAGUAGUUUCACAUUUGGAAGCAAUAUGGAAGGCUAGAAUGUGUGCCUCCCAUUUUGUUCUUUCUGAAAUUGUUUUGUAUAAAUACAAUAGUUUCUUUAAUAGUAUGAAUGUCUAAGGCAUAUUGUUUCAGAGUUCAUAAAAAUAGUUUUUGAAGUGAUAAUUUUAUUCUUUUAAAAACAUGUUGUUGUUAUAUACAAAGACUUAUUAAAAUAUGUUUGCCAUAAU